AUGUCUGAAGACGGCUCCGGCCCUAGCGGGAGCGGCAGGAACUUCACUGGCACAGAUCUCCCUCAAACGGUGAUACGCACGCGCCGCCGCUGUACGGUGCACCGCGACUACACUAGCGCCCGCCAUUCCAGGCUAGACGCGAUGCCCACGGACACACCGCGGCGCAGUCCACGCACGACCGAGGCCGGCAUGACAUUCAUUCUCGGUAUCGACCUCGGACAUUUUUCGUGUCAUGGCUUCGACUGUACAUUGCUAUCUACAUACUCGCCCUUUCACUCUCCCGCUCUUUCUCGACUGAACGGGGCGAUUCAAGAGAUCGAAAGACUCACCAGAGCACUCGAAAACCAUGUUGAAAAGAACGCAACUGUGAUCAACAUCCUCCGCCACGAGAACAACAUCACGCGGGCAAAACUUGACGUCACCACCAACCGCAUCGCCUUUCUUGAAGAGUUCUUGGAGAUUGAGCCCGAUAACGGGGAUCGGGAGGAGCCGAGGGCGGAAGAGCCGGGAGAUGCGGGUGUCACGGAAGGAGAUGGUGGUGAUGUGGCGGCAGCGGCAAGAGCAACCAACAACACCUUCAAAAUCUGGUUGGGAGUUACAAAUCUCUCCAAGAUGUCCGAUCUCCCAGGGAUCCCUGCGCCGGGAGAAGAGGCCCCACUGGCGCCGACUGGGCAGCACACAGGCACUCGUCUUGUCAGGUUCAACUGGCUCCAGAACGCGACCUACCCACUGAAUGCUCAGAGCAUUGACACCCUGACAGAAGCCCUGAGAGCGCAUGGGAAUACGUACAUUCCUGGCUUUGGUGACGACCUUGAGAAGAUCUUUGAUGUCGACCUGAGAAACCGCGUCAUCACCAAGUUCAAAUCCCUCGCGACCAAUUGGAAGCGUGCAGAGAAGAGCGCAGGGAAGGCACGCGCACCUGCGGUGUCGGAGCCCAUAGACGGAGAGGGUGAAGACGCGGGAUCCGAUGACGAUCCUCCCAUGGAUCGCAAGGUUGCUCGUUCUCGAGCUAAACCAUCUGACAUUCUGACCUCAAUCCGACCUCAAUCUGACUUCUGA